CACUCUGGGCCAACUCCUUUCCCCCCCCUCCCGGUGAUGGAGGAAGAGGAGGCUGCGGAGGGGAAGAUGAAGCAGUUCCACGGCGCUGUUGCGGUGGGGGUCGGCGGGUCCCUUGUGGCGGCGCUGGAUCCGGAACGUGGCCGCUUCCCAUACUGCGUCGUGUGGACGCCUAUCCCUGUUCUCACAUGGCUUUUCCCGAUCAUUGGUCACAUGGGCAUUUGCACUUCUGCAGGAGUCAUCCGAGAUUUUGCAGGGCCUUACUAUGUCUCUGAAGACAACAUGGCUUUUGGGAAGCCUGUGAAAUACUGGAAACUGGAUCCCAGCAAAGUCUAUUCCUGUGGUCCCAAUGCUUGGGAUACAGCGGUACAUGAUGCCUCUGAAGAAUAUAAGCACCGAAUGCAUAACCUCUGUUGUGACAAUUGCCAUUCUCAUGUAGCUCUAGCCUUAAAUCUCAUGCGAUACGACAACAGUACUUCAUGGAAUAUGAUCAAACUUUGUUUUUUCUCUUUGCUGUAUGGAAAGUAUGUAAGCAUAGGAGGCUUUGUGAAGACUUGGCUUCCCUUCUUCCUCUUUUUGGGGAUUAUCCUGAUAGUCAUCUUGACUCUUCACAUCCGGUGAUGGAUGACAUUGGUGUAUCCACCCACCCACCCACCCAUCCUCCCUUUGUUCUCCUUUGAAGUCAAGUGAUGGAACCCGUGGCUUUUCAGCCUAGGAAGGCAUGGAGCUGCAUGGUCUGGAAGCCCUCAGAAAAAGAACUCCAUUUGUAUUUUGUAAUAACAACUCUGCUGUUAUCCCCUGGGAUUCUUUGUUUGGAUGAGGAUGGUUUCUUUGAACAUACAUGACUUGGAACUUUUUGGGAUUGGGAAAGGAGGGAGAAUCUUGCAUUGUACUUCUCACCAAAACUCCUUUGUGCCCAAAGGUUCCCCCAUGGAAAUCCCAAAUAGGACUUUGGUUGAUAGGACAAUGAGGGAGGGUUUCGUUAACCUUGGGUGAGGUGUCUAAGGAGGUGAUAACUUUCUCUGAUCUCCCCGAGCGGUGAUUAAUGGGCACUAAAUGGACAGUGGCUAUCUGUGGUCACCACCCUGGGAUGGGGUAAUAUUUGUUGCACUGAAUGAUGAGAUUUCCAGUGAUUAUAGUUCUAGCACUUUUUUUUCCAGAUGGUGGCCUCAAAAUGGAAGAAUGAUCCUCUUGAUCUAUGCAGGGCUUUAUGUGAGACGAGAUUUUCUUCUGGUGCAGACAGGAGUUUAAGGACGAUGUUGUUUUCCUCUUACCCGCUGCACAGAAAGUCUGUCUCUUUGUUUGUAUGUGUUUUAAGUCUAGUCUCAUAGGAACCAGCACUCGAAAGGCAGUUGAUCUCAAUUGAUCUUUGUUACGUUCUUGUCAGCUUAAACUGCCCCUGUCUCAGACCUGCUGAAGAAUGUAAGCUGCUCUCUUUGACGAGCUGUUCUUAAGACUUCCUAGUUUCUUUUAUAGAAUUGAAUUUCCAAAGCCCUUGCUCUACCUGGGUUCUUCAUACAUUAUAUUGUGCCUUGGAAGUCACUGGAAACAUAACCCAUGGCCAUUAAAUGCUUCAUCUUUUAUAAUGAGGGUUGGAUAUUAGAAGCCAUACUGGCGUCAUGUCUGCUUUUAGGAAACAUGAAUCAUUCCUUUAGGGCUCAGCUUUUCCUUGCUGUAGCCAGGUAUCUAAAGGGCAAGAGCUGGUCAGAUGAUGAUUUUUAACUUAAUUCAGGCUUGCGGCCUUGCCUAUUGUGUGAAAAAAGGGGCACCCUUUUCUUUUUAACCGAAAGCGACAUAAAAAAACCCGCUGGACUCUCCUUUCAUUUCUACCCUUGUUGUUCUCUUGCUAGCCUUCCUCCUUUUGUUCCUCCUGCAGUGCCAAAGAUGCGUGCUGUGUAAAAAAAAGAGGCACCUGUGGCUUAGCAGGUCUUGGGGGUCUUCGUUGUAUUCAGCCAUUUCAAGCAUGAAUGAUGGCAGCUGUAGAAAACUGAUCAAUAAGCUCUAGGCUGAUUAGAGAUCAAAGGUCUUACAUCAAAGUGACACCGUGUGGUGUUCCAUCAAGCUAUUCCUGGGCUAUUUCGCUUACGUCCCAGUAGGGAUUCUAGUUCUUAGGGAAAUAAUAGACUGAAUUAAUAAUGCGCACAUUACUCAUUUUUUUUUCCUUUUUAUUUUUCCCCCCUUCUCAUAGUGACUUGCCAAAAAAAAAAAAAAAAAAUUCCGGGAAGCCCAAACUUUUCCCAGAGUUGGAACUUAAAGCCAACUGUCUUUCGGUCAUAGCACUGAUCUAAGCUCAUCUUUUCAAUCAAAUUAGAAAGUGCUUUUCUGACACAAUAUGAUUGUUACAAGCAUUACCAAAAUGUGAAGUUUGCUGGAGGAGCCAAAAAUAUUAGGGUGGCUGCGAUUGGUUUUUCCUCUUGUUCUCAACAUCUCUUCCUCCCCUUCCAAUAUUUUUUACAGGAUUUUUUUUAAAUCUAUAUUUGUGAACUGGCCAAUUAAUAAUCAAUAUAGAGGCUCAAAGGAGAAGAUGAAGUGAGGGGAGAGACUUAAAGCCAUCGAAGAGCUAAAGCUGCAGAUUCUGCUUGUCUUGCUAUUUUGCUCACUUGAUAAGGAGAGAUUUCCUAGUAGUACUAGUCAGUAGAACUGUGACUGGAAAUAGCUUCUCUGUUAUAAAUUGUUACCACUUCUAAAAUAAGUUCUUAUGUUCUCUCUAACAACUGAGCCACAUCCUUUAUAGUAAAGCGGUUUAGGGGUGGUUUUACCCUACAUUAUAUUUGCAACCCUGAUUUAUUGGAGUUCCAGAGAUUGGGGGAAGCCAAAAAUAAGUUUGCAGGACCUUGGAGAAAUGCAGCUUAAGCAAGGCAAGUAGUGGCGUGCAUGUGUUGUAGUCAGAUUGCAGUUUCUAGCCUUUGCACAAUCAUCUCUCAAAUAUAGCCAAACCUACAUUGUCCCACCUUGUUUAACAGCCGCAUGAUAACUAUUCAUCUUUCAAAAUCUAUGUUAAUGAUUUUAAUAACUUUUAAAAUCUUCCACGGGAAGCACUUCUGGGUUGGCGUUAUGAAGCUGAUGAAACUGCUUGGAUGAGCAGUGAAACGUCUCAAACUAACAAAAAAAAACCUAGUCCAGUUGUCGGACCUCUUUGCUUGGAUGACAAGAGUCUUCAACAACACAUUUCUGGAUAGGAUUUUUGGGAGUUUAAAUCUUGAUUGGUGCCUGCCUGACCAUGCUUGCAGACAGUGCCUAGGCCCUAGAAGAAGACAAAAUAUUAUUAUUUGUUUGAGUAGAUGUCAUGAGAAACCUGUAUAUCAAGAGUAAGCAAUUUAUUUUUCCAAGGGGCCACAUGAGAAACUGACUGCUGUAGAGGGUGGAACCAAUAGGACCAACACAUUACUGCGAAGGUGCACAGGCACGAAGGCACAUACUUAAAUUGGGGGGGUCACUUUCAGAAUAAAAGUGAUGCAGUUGUAUUGCAGUCAUGGUCUACAUUUACUUACAUUUGAUUUCUAAUUUCCAACUGACCUCAAGUGAAGCCAGGCAGGGACAGCCAAAGAGCUGGAUGUGGCUGUAAAAUACCCAGUCGUAGUGAUACGAUCUGUGAACUCUGCAUUGAUUCUGCAUUCAUAUCUGCCUUGAAGUGUCUUGGUUGUAGGAAUUUGGUCACAUCUAAAGUACUUUCCAAAGUAUGUUUCCUUUACAUCGUUUCAUUGUUGUUACUGUCUUCCAUUUGGUCUUUUGUUUAGAUUUCUCUGUAAAACUCAUCAAUUUGCCCUGUUCUUUCUUUCCUUAGCUGGUGACUAGAUGGUCUUCUGAUCCAGUUGCUUGAUUCCUUUGUAAAUACUGAAGUUCUGUUGCUGUAAUUUCAUAAUCCCAAUGAUGGUGAAAAAUAAAUGCAGUUGUGUACUCCGGCAA